UCAUGUAGUGCACGGGAUAAAGUUUGCAUGGUCCGGAAUGCGCGAGACCAAAUUCGUCUAUUGGUUGGGUCAACAAUAGUUAUCGUUGUAUUGAGUUUUAGGCACCACCAGCAUCACUAGUACCACUAGUACCACGCAAACGAGGAAACCGAAGUUACGACGGGCUUGUUUGUCUGCAUUCUGCAGGGAAUGUCUCACAAGGAGAGACCCACUUUCUACCGACAGGAGCUCAACAAGACGAUAUGGGAGGUCCCGGAGCGGUACCAGACCCUGUCCCCGGUCGGCUCGGGAGCCUACGGAUCCGUCUGCUCGUCGUAUGACGUGAAGUCGGGGCUGAAGAUUGCGGUGAAGAAGCUGUCGAGACCGUUCCAGUCCAUCAUCCACGCUAAGAGGACCUACAGAGAACUACGACUCCUCAAACACAUGAAACACGAGAAUGUGAUUGGCCUGUUGGAUGUGUUUACGCCCGCUACCAGCCUAGAGGAGUUCAACGAUGUGUACCUGGUGACCCACCUGAUGGGAGCGGACCUCAACAAUAUCGUCAAGUGUCAGAAACUGACGGACGACCACGUUCAGUUCCUCAUAUACCAGAUCCUCCGGGGUCUCAAGUAUAUCCAUUCAGCAGACAUCAUCCACAGAGAUCUGAAGCCCAGUAACUUGGCAGUGAAUGAGGACUGUGAGCUCAAGAUCCUGGACUUUGGUCUGGCGAGACACACUGAUGAUGAGAUGACGGGUUACGUAGCAACCAGGUGGUACCGCGCCCCAGAGAUCAUGCUGAACUGGAUGCACUACAACAUGACAGUUGACAUCUGGUCGGUGGGCUGCAUCAUGGCGGAGCUGCUAACCGGAAGGACGUUAUUCCCCGGCACCGACCAUAUUAACCAGCUGCAGCAGAUCAUGAGGCUGACAGGAACGCCCCCGGCCUCUGUCAUUAGCCGGAUGCCCAGCCACGAGGCCAGAAACUACAUUAACUCCCUUCCCCAGAUGCCCAAGAGGAACUUUGCUGAUGUGUUCAUUGGCGCUAACCCACUAGCGGUGGAUCUGUUAGAGAAGAUGUUGGUUCUGGACACUGAUAAGCGGAUCACAGCGUCAGAGGCCCUGGCCCACCCCUACUUCUCCCAGUACCACGACCCAGACGAUGAACCAGAGUCUGAGCCAUACGACCAGAGCUUUGAGAGCCGUCAGCUGGAGAUAGAGGAGUGGAAAAGGUUGACCUAUGAGGAGGUUUGCAGCUUCGAGACCCCGCCAUUCGACGGAGACGAGAUGGAGUCCUGAGGGAACUAGGGUGACGUCGUUGAUAAUCUCGCCUUCUUUUCCUUCUCUUAUG